GAGGCGGGCGGGGCUCGUGAGCGUGACGCAAUUCCGGCCGCGCGUCACGUGGCGGAAGCGGCGGGGCGCCUAAGAUGGCGGCGGCGUGAGUUGCAUGUUGUGGGGCCGCCGGGAGGAGCCGCCGCCGCCGCCGCGCCAUGGCGGUGACCGUGACGCUGAAGACGCUGCAGCAGCAGACCUUCAAGAUCCGUAUGGAACCGCACGAAACGGUGCGGGCGCUGAAGGAGAAGAUCGAGGCAGAGAAGGGCAGCGAUGCCUUCCCUGUGGCUGGGCAGAAACUCAUUUACGCCGGGAAGAUCCUGAGUGAUGAUGUACCCAUCCGCGAGUACCGCAUCGACGAGAAGAACUUUGUGGUCGUCAUGGUGACCAAGGCCAAGUCGGUGCUGGGCACCACAGCCCCUGAGGCUGGAGCUGCCAGUGCCUCGGAGCCUCCAGCAGCACCAGGGCCCCCCCCAGCCGCUGAUGCCGUCCCCCCGCCACCGGCCGCCCCCAGUGAGGAGCCGCCAUCCCAUGACCUCCCUCCACUUGCCCUCUCAGAGCCUGCGGCGGGCUCUGUUCCCCCCCCAGGUAGUGCGGGGCGCUCGGCCGACGCAGCCUCCACCCUCGUGACGGGCUCGGAGUACGAGACAAUGCUGACGGAGAUCAUGUCGAUGGGCUACGAGCGGGAGCGGGUGGUGGCCGCGCUGCGCGCCAGCUACAACAACCCCCACCGUGCCGUCGAGUACUUGCUGACGGGCAUCCCCGGCAGCCCCGAGCCCGAGCGCCCACCCGUGCAGGAGAGCCGCCCCCCUGAGCAGCCGGCACCAGAAGGGGAGAACCCCCUGGAGUUCCUGCGGGAGCAGCCCCAGUUCCAGAACAUGCGGCAGGUGAUCCAGCAGAACCCGGCCCUGCUGCCCGCCCUGCUCCAGCAGCUGGGCCAGGAGAACCCCCAGCUGCUCCAGCAAAUCAGCCAGCACCAGGAGCAGUUCAUCCAGAUGCUGAACGAACCGCUGGGGGAGCUGGGCGACCUCGAGGGGGAGAUGGGCGCCAUCGGGGACGAGUCCCCCCAGAUGAACUACAUCCAGGUGACGCCUCAGGAAAAAGAAGCCAUAGAAAGGUUGAAGGCGCUGGGCUUCCCCGAGAGCCUGGUGAUCCAGGCCUACUUCGCCUGCGAGAAGAACGAGAAUCUGGCGGCCAAUUUCCUGCUCAGCCAGAACUUUGACGACGACUGAGGGGGCUGGGGCAGGUGCCCCCCACCCUUCCCCCACCUCUAGGGGGGUGGGGGUGGGGGGUGACACGGGGCCCACGCUGCCUCUUGGCGGGGGGGGGGGGGUUCCUGCUGCAGGGUGGGACAGAGCUCUGCAUGGCCCCCCCAGGGCUGUGGCUCUGUCUUUUGGGGAGGGGAGGGACUGGGACCCCCAUUGGGCCCCAGCCCCACCACCUCCCAAGGGAGCAGCAGGGAUUAGGAGAGCCCCCGGAGCACCUCCACACUGGGGGGGUGCUUGGCCAACUGCUUUCUCCUGUUCCCCCCACCCCUUCCCCCAUUCGGCCCUGGGGGGGGUGGGGGGCGGCACUGCGGGAAGAACCACAACUCGGGGGAUGAAAUUAAACGCAGAAUUUUAAACCCA